AGUUAAGAUCAAGUGUGAGUGUAAAGUGUUGCGAUUGUGUGAAAAUGUGCGAAAGAACGAUGGCAGAGUACAAAGAGGAACUUUCUCGAACAAAAGAAGAGAACAAAAGACUACGUCAACUUCUGGAGGCUGUUUACAAGGAACCUCAAGUUGUGUUCCACGGAACAGACGUCUGUGAAAAAUAUCGUCCACCUGAGCAGCAGGAGGGGUCCUCCAGUGUGGAGCAGAAGAGGUCACAGCACUUCCACGUGAAAGAAGAGGAUCCACAGCCCCCCCACUUUAAGGAUGAAGAAAAACAGCGGCUGUCCCCCCACUUCAUAGAGGAAGACAAGAGACACCUCAUCAGUGUGAAGAGUGAAGAUGAUGAGGUCAAAGGUGAGCGUGAACAGAAGUGGGGCUUUGGGAUGCGGACAGAGGAGCCACAGCCCUCCCACAUUAAGAAGGAAGAGGAAUACCCACUGAUCCCCCAUUUUAAAAAGGAAGCGGUGGAUCCACUGAGCCCUCACAUUAAGGAUGAAGGGGAAGAACACAGCAUCAGCCAGCAGGGAGAACAUCUUGAAGGACUGGAGGAGGUUGAUGUCACCAACAUGCCAGUGAUUGUUGUCAUUGUGAAGAGUGAAGAUGAUGAGGUCAAAGGUGAGAGUGAGGAGAAGAGAGAGGCGGAGCCUCCAAGCAGCAGCUCAACUCAACACAUGACAACAGAAGCUGAUGGAGACUACUGUGGAGGAUCACAAGCAGACAAGCUCUUAGCUCCACUAUCAGAUAGUGAGGACACAACGUCACACUCUCCUGACACUGAUGAUGAAGACUCUAAAGAUGAUAAGACAUGUCACACUGACAACACACACUUCACAUGUUCUCUCUGCGACAAAACUUUCAAUGUUCGUCGCAAUAUGAAAAGACACAUGAGAAGACACACUGGAAAAAAACCUUUUUCCUGCUCAGAAUGUGGUAAAAAUUUUGCAGUAAGUCAAGGUUUAAAAGAACACAUGAGAACACACACUGGAGAAAAACCUUUUUCCUGCUCAGAAUGUGGUAAAAGUUUUACAGUAAAUACAAGUUUAAAAGAACACAUGAGGAUACACACUGGAGAAAAACCUUUUUCCUGCUCAGAAUGUGGUAAAAGUUUUGCAGUAACUAAACGUUUAAAAGAACACAUGAGAAUACACACUGGAGAAAAACCUUUUUCCUGCUCAGAAUGUGGUAAAAGUUUUGCAGUAACCAAAAGUUUAAAAGAACACAUGAGAACACACACUGGAGAAAAACCUUUUUUCUGCUCAGAAUGUGGUAAAAGUUUUGCAGUAACUAAAGGUUUAAGAGAACACAUGAGAAUACACACUGGGGAAAAACCUUUUUCCUGCUCAGAAUGUGAUAAAAGUUUUGCAGUAAGUCAAAGUUUAAAAGCACACAUGAGAAUACACACUGGAGAAAAGCCUUUUUUGUGUUCAGUCUGCGGUAAAGAUUUUAAUCACAGUUCCAGUUUCAACGCACACAUGAGAAUACACACUGGAGAAAAACCUUUUUCGUGUUCAGUCUGCGGUAAAGAUUUUACUAACAGUUCCAGUUUCAAAACACACAAGAGAACACACACUGGAGAAAAACCUGUUUCCUGCUCAGAAUGUGGCAAAAGUCUUGUAAAUAAUCUAAGUUUAAAAUUACACAUGAGAAGGCACUCUGGUGAAAAACCAUACUCCUGUUCAAGCUGCAACAAAAGCUUUCGUCAACUAAACACUCUUACAGCACACAUGAGAACACACACAGGAGAGAAAGUGUUGAGUUGCAGUGUGUGUGGUGAAAGAUUCUCCUAUAAGUACCAGUGUAAGAAACACAAGUGUGCUGGUGAGAACAGCAGCAGCAAAUGAAGAUGCAGGAUUUGAAAUAAACUUUCUAACAACAUCAGCACAUAUAACAUGUGUGACAUCAUUGUUGUGUGUGUAACACAAUCUUGUUAAUAACAUUUAUAGAUUAAACACUUCAGAUUAGUGCUUUUAUUUCAGGCAAGUACAUGAGUUAAUAUACACAUUUGUGUACUUUAAAAUCAACAGAACAAUUUGUCUGAAAAGGUGAGAAUAAACAGUACAUAAAAUAUGUUACAUACAAUAAACAUUGUAAAUGUAGAUAUUCCCAAUUCACUUGUAUACUUAUUCAUAAUAGUGUUUUAUAUAUGUUUUUUGAAAUGAUGAAGUGUUACAUAUUAUAUUUUCUAAUUGUAGAUGAUUCCAUAGAUGAACUCCUUUAUAUGAUAUACAUAUUUGUUUUACAUGUGUUCAUACCUUUGCUUUUGAGUACACAUAAAUCCCUCUUAGUUCAUAUUUACUGGUUCACAUCUGAAACAUCUUCUGGACCACUUCUGGAAGCAUAUUAUUAUUUGCUUUAUACAUCAUUUGAGCAGUUGUCCUUUAUACAAUUUUAAAAUGUGUGACUUUAUGAAUCAUUUGUUGGGUCUCUAUAAUCCAUUCUAUUAAUUGUCUUUAUUACUCUCUUGUGUAAUAUGAAUAUUGUUGUGUGAUUGUUUUAUAUGUAUGUCCCCAGACCUUUAUGCAAUAAACAAUGUAUGCUUCAACUAAA